AUGUUCGGCACCAGUUAUGGUCGCCCUUCGCACUGGUGGGGGUUCCCUAAGUCGACCACCGACGACACCUCCAACGGAGCAGACAUCACCGAUUUUUCACACCCGAUCAAGUACCGGUCCGACAUCGACGGGCAACGGACCCUCGCGGUGGUUCCCGCGGUGCUGUUCCACCGGCGUCCUCUUCAAGGAAAAGGCCAGACGCUCGUUCACGUACGCCGACUUUUACUCGCGCCGCAUCCGCUGCUCGUGCUCACAUUCACGCUGGCCGUGGGCUGCGUGUGGCUGCUGGAGAAGGCGCUCCAGUCCAAGGUCAUCACCCUCGUGGUCGGGACGCACUUUGGGGCCAAGAUCUAG